AUGUCUCACUGUAAGUUUGAACAUCCUCGCCACGGUUCGCUUGGUUUCCUUCCCCGUAAGCGUGCACGUCGUCAUCGUGGAAAGUGCAAGUCUUUCCCCCGUGACGAUGCCAAGAAGCCCGUUCAUCUUACUGCUUUCCUUGGAUACAAGGCUGGAAUGACCCAUAUUGUUCGUGAUCUUGACCGUCCUGGAGCAAAGAUGCACAAGAAAGAGAUUGUCGAGGCUGUCUCUGUCAUUGAGGCUCCACCCAUGGUUGUUGUUGGUGUUGUCGGCUAUGUUGAAACCCCUCGUGGUCUUCGCUCCCUCACUACCGUUUGGGCCGAGCAUCUUUCUGAGGAAGUUCGUCGUCGAUUCUACAAGAACUGGUACAAGUCCAAGAGGAAGGCAUUUACCAAGUACGCCAAAAAGUACACCGAGGCAGAUGCCAAGCCCAUCGAGUCUCAGCUUCAGCGUAUUCAAAAAUACUGCCAGGUUGUUCGUGUCAUUUGCCACACUCAGAUCCAAAAAGUCAGACUUGGAACCAAAAAGGCUCACGUUAUGGAGAUUCAAUUGAACGGUGGAUCUGUUGCCGACAAGGUUGCUUGGGCCAAGGAUCAUUUCGAGAAAACCGUCGAGCUUUCUUCCAUCUUUGAACAGGAUGAGAUGAUUGACAUUAUUGGUAUCACCAAGGGUCACGGUUUCGAGGGUGUUGUUGCUCGUUGGGGUGUCAAGAAGCUUCCUCGCAAGACUCAUAAGGGUCUCCGUAAGGUUGCUUGCAUUGGUGCAUGGCAUCCAUCUCGUGUCCAGUUUGCUGUUCCUCGCGCUGGUCAAGACGGUUAUCAUCAUCGUACAGAAAUGAACAAAAAGGUCUACCGUGUUGGAAAGGCUGGUGACAAAAACUCUGCUUCAACCGAGUUUGAUCUUACCACCAAGGAUAUCACUCCUAUGGGUGGUUUCCCUCACUACGGUAUGAUCAACGAGGAUUGGCUCAUGAUCAAGGGUUCAUGUCCCGGUGUCCGUAAGCGAGUCGUUACUCUCCGAAAAUCUCUUCUUGUUCACACCAAGCGUUCUGCUCUUGAAAAGGUUUCUCUCAAGUUUAUUGACACUUCCUCCAAGUUCGGUCAUGGUCGUUUCCAGACUUCCCAGGAGAAAUCUUCUCACUAUGGCGUUCUUAAGAACGACUUGCUCAAAUAA